AAAUUUACUCGGUUCUGUCUAUUAAAUUUUCAAUAGUGAGCAAAUUACACUGAAAAUCCUUGAGAGCAUUGUCAUCAAAUCUCACACUAUUUCACCAUUUAUUUGUUUUGUAAGUCUAUGUGCAUACGAUCAGAUACUCAAAUACAAAAGAAGCAUUAUUCAAAAAUACAUGUACUUAUCUCAUUCUUGAUAGAGUGAUAAUACUAUUUGUUCUCUCUAUUCCCCAAAAAGAAAAAUGAAGAACAAUUCAAAUCCAAAACUCAUACUCCUACACCCUUCUCCUCAUCACAAGCAAUCAUCAACAACAGUACCCUUUCUCUCUAACCAUCUUUUUAUCUUCAUCAUCACUUUCUUCACUAUAGUCUUCACUCUUACUCUAAUCACAACCAUGAUCUCCUCUUCCACCUCCUCCGCCCCAUCCUCCUCCACCUCUCCUCUUCCACCCUCCAUAACUAAAGCUCUCGUUCACUACGCCUCCUCCUCGAACUCCACCACCAAAUCCAUGUCCUUUUCAGAAAUCAACGCCAUAACAACCACUCUUCACCUUACACCAAACCCCAACUUCCUUAUCUUUGGUCUCACCCAAGAGUCCCUUCUCUGGUCUGCACUGAAUAACAAUGGUCGCACUGUUUUCAUCGAUGAAAACGAAUAUAUUAUCUCAAAAUUCGAACAGUCCAACCCAGGUAUCGAAGCUUACGAUGUUCAGUUCACAAGCAAAGUUAGUGAGUAUCCAAAGUUGCUUUCUCAUGCAAAAGAAGAGUCCAAACGUGAUUGUAAGCCGGUACAAAAUUUGUUAUUCUCAGAAUGUAAACUCGGAAUCAAUGAUAUGCCGAACCACAUUUACCAAGUCUCUUGGGACGUGAUUCUAGUUGAUGGGCCAAGAGGGUACUUUCCGGCAGCUCCAGGGAGAAUGUCGGCAAUAUUUACUGCGGCAGUGUUAGCUCGUAGCAAGAAAGUGGGAAAAACUCACGUUUUUGUUCAUGAUUUUUGGAGAGAAGUGGAGAAGAUUUUCAGCUAUGAGUUUCUUUGUGAAGAGAAUUUGGUUAACAAUGUAGAUCAGUUAAGGCAUUUUGUGAUAAAGAGUGAAACCGAAAAUGGUGAGAGUUUUGAGUUUUGCAAAAGUUCAAGCCCCAGUAAAAUUGUGUAGGAGUACUAUUUUAAGUUUUUCCUUUUUUAUAUCUCUUAAAUUCUUAAUAAUAGAACAAAAGUGUUAAUUUUC